AUGGGUGACCAACAAAACCGCGAUUACUCUAGUGAGAGAGAUACACGAGAGGAAGAAGAUGAACCGUUUCCUCUGACAGAGAGGGAUAGAAUUGGGAUUUUAUCCAAGGACGAAGAUUUCGAGCUUCAUACUUGGGAUGCACUUAAAGAGGCUAUAGCCAUAUAUGGAGAUAUAAAUCAGUCUCAGUCGGGAAGAAGAUAUUGCAGUGAUGGUGCCCUCCCUUCCUCCCCCACUUUACAUUUAUACUGGAUCGAACAAUUUGAUAACGUUCCCAAAGCCACCAACAACCUCGGGAUUAUGCAGCGCAAACCUUCUGAGCUCCGCCGCUACAUUGCCUGGUGCCGCAAAGUCAAGUCCGAAUAUGGCAGUAUCAGCAACUAUGUCAUACAGCACCGUCUUCCGUGGGGAUCUCCUCCGUUCACAUAUCUUUCCUCUAUUCCAUUUAGCGAGCCAGACGAUUACAAGAUCCUGAUAAAUGACUGGCCUUAUGGCUGUACGGACGACAUUACCCAUAUCGUGGUUUGGAGCAAGACCCCGAUUGCUGCCAAUGAAGCGACAGGUGAUUUGACUGAGGAAAGUAGGUUGACUCUUCAGAACUUCGUGGAGCGGACUUUCGUAGAGAGAUUGGGUGGUGACCAUGAGAGGGUUCUGUGGUUUAAGAAUUGGGUGCAAUUGCAGAGUGUGAGGGCGCUGGAACAUGUUCAUGUGCUGGUUCGAAACGCGACGAAAGAGGAUUUGGCGUAUUGGACUGAAAAAAACCUAUAG